CUCACUCUAGUCACAGCUAAUACUAAGCAUAUUCCCGUCGAUAAUCCUAUGAAUCUACGUAGACAUGUUUCCUAGAAUUUCAUGCAGAUAACUGCCACAGAACCUUGUCCUGAUUCGUGUACGCCAUUAUGCAUUCUCGUCGCUUCACUAAAGUACAAGGCAUGAAACACCCGCCAUACUGCGCUAAUUUAGAUCAUAUGCAGAUCGUAAGAUGACGAGGAAGACCCUGAGGUCCUCUGCACUUCCCCGCAAACGCUUUCCUUGUCCAUCGCAUAGUGGAGUAAGCAGUGUAUCUUUGACAAUUACAUGUAUGCCUCCUUGCACUGUGACCACUUUCUUUCUCGUAAUCGAAUGCCGUAAGAGUCUAGAAACUGAAGAUCCAAGAUCUUGCUCUCAUGGCCUGGUACCAAGAACUGUCCAUGAUCCAAAUCGGCCCCAUAGCUGCCCAAAGGUUUCAAUGACCUCGACCACGUUCAAUUACCUCGACCGCGAGCUCAACUUCUCAGAAGCUUCCGGUCUAUCCAAGAUAUCCUAGUCUGCUGCCAGCAUCGUCAUAUCAUCCCCAACCUCCGCAGCUCCGUACCCAA